UUGAUCUUAAAAGCCAUUUUUUUUGUGGUCAGUUUCAUACAUAUUUGGUUUCUCUCUUUCUCAAAUCGCAAAACGCUUCUCUCUCUCUCUCUCUGUAUUCAAACCUCACCGAAUCCCAAACACCCCACCAUGUCUUCUGGCCGGAAAAUCACCUUGAAGAGCUCCGACGGCGAGAUCUUCGAGGUCGAUGAAGCGGUCGCCUUGGAGUCACAAACGAUCAAGCACAUGAUCGAAGACGACUGCGCCGAUAGUGGAAUCCCCCUUCCUAAUGUUACCAGCAAGAUCUUGUCCAAGGUUAUCGAGUACUGCAAGAAGCAUGUGGAGUCCCCUAAGCCUGAGGAUCGUACUGGCUCCGUCGACGAUGACCUCAAGACUUGGGACAGCGAAUUCGUCAAAGUCGACCAGGCCACCUUAUUCGAUCUCAUUCUGGCUGCAAACUAUCUCAACAUCAAAAGCUUGCUUGAUUUGACUUGUCAGACGGUGGCUGACAUGAUCAAAGGAAAGACUCCAGAGGAGAUCAGGAAGACAUUUAACAUCAAGAAUGACUUUACACCCGAGGAAGAGGAAGAGGUUCGUAGGGAGAACCAAUGGGCAUUUGAAUAAAAAAAGAGUAAAAGGGAUGGAAUCACUUAUAUGUUGUUAACUUUUCUCUUGCGCAUGGUGAUAUUUGAUGCUUGUGUUAUCUGUUGUGUUAAACUCUUGUGAUGUUCGUUGGGUGUUAACUAUAUAUUCUACAAUGUUAUCUUUCAUCCAA